AUGUUCCCCGGCCAAACCGCCAUCAUAACCGGCAGUGGACAAGGCAUUGGAGCAGAGUGUGCUCGUCUCUUCGCGAAGGAGGGGGCCAAUGUCGUUGUGUCCGAUAUCGACAGCACCAAGUCCCAGCAAGUGGCCGACGAAAUCAACAAGUCUGGCGGCAAAGCCAUCUCCGUGGCCGGCGACAUCCUCGACGAUAACUACAUCAACAAUUUGGUCAAGAAGGCGGCGGAAUUUGGAGGCGGAAAGAUCCAUGUGAUCGUCAACAACGCCGGCUUCACCUGGGACGGCGUCAUCCACAAAAUCACCGACAAGCAAUGGGACACCAUCCUCGCCCUCCACGGCACCGCACCCUUCAAGCUCAUCCGCGCCGCAGCUCCCUACUUCCGUGUCAAGGACGGUGAACCUCGCAGUAUCGUCAACAUCUCUUCCACCUCUGGCAUCCAUGGAAAUGCCGGCCAGGCCAACUAUGCUCUCGCUAAAGCCGGUGUCGUUGGCUUGACAAAGGCCAUCGCAAAGGAAUGGGGUCCCCAAUUCGGUGUCCGCGCCAACACCGUCGCCUUCGGGCAUAUCCAAACGCGCCUCACCGCCGCGAAAGAAGAAGGCGCUUUCGUCACGGCUCCCGACGGUUCGAAAAUCGCUCUCGGAAUCCCGCAGAAACAGAAAGAUAUGGGGAAUGGAUACAAGGACAUCCCGCUUGGUAGACCCGGGACGGCGAACGAGGCGGCUGCGGCGGUCAUGGCGGUUUGUAGUCCGAUGUUUAGUUAUGUUACGGGGCAGACUUUGAUGGUUACUGGCGGGAGGAAUAUGUAA